AUGUCCACAGUGCAAGUGCGCAAUGUCUGUGAUCCUAUAGUAGCAACUGCAGUCAACCGCGGCGGCUACCGCCCUCAUGUGUACGCUCUCAUGCCAACUCUAUCACUGAGACUGAACUGUCACCCUUCCUCCUGCGUCAACUGUCAGCUCAGCAGGCAGCACACAGCGACAGCACUCAGCAGUCAGCACUCAGGAGGCAACCAGUCACAGUCACUACAUCACUUACAUCAGUCAGCAGUCAGCACUGAGCGAGCACUGAAACUGAAAGUCGCCCAGUGUAAGCAAGCACUCAGCAGAGAAAGGCGAAGGCCUGAAGCCCGAAGUAAGACAGGCCAUUAUUUUGAGGGUGCUAUUUCAAACAAAAAUAAAAACGGGCCUAGGCCUACUUUAAAAACCGUCCGUCUAGAUGAACUACUUGAUAAAUUCCCUUUAGCCUAUAGUCCUUUAACAAAACAAUUGCUUUUAAUCAAACCUGAUACUCAAGCACUAAGUCAUUAUUCCUCUUUUCAUACAGAAGUAAAUGAAGUAUCAAAUUAUACAAAUAUUAAGGAAGGUGAAAAAGAAAUCUUGAAUCUGGAGGGAAAAGAGACUGAUAUAGAAGCACCAAGAGUGCUCAAAGAAUUUACUGGUAACUCAAAGGGUACAGAAUGUGAUCUAAUUACUCAAAAUCUACAUAGAGUAAAUACAGAAGCCAGUUCUUUCUCAAGUACUGUGUCAAGUUUAAGUGAUAUUUCUCCUUCGACAAUUGAAGACUCUGCUUCAGGAAGUUUACUAGAUCAUGGAGAUAGUUGUUCGUUAGUAUCAAUCAGUGGCUGUAGUGCCUUUUCUGAUGAUUCAUUAGGAGCAGAUAGUAAGAAGAAAAGUUUAGGUGGAUUUUUAAGCAGAAAUGUCUUCAACUGGAAGUCCAGUUCAAAAUCUCAAGACAGUUUUGGCCGGUGGAAACUGUUUGGCAAAAAUGUAUCUCCCAUUUCGUCUCAUAGCUCUCUCUCAGUGGAUCAAUAUGUGGAGUCAGAUGGAGGAAGCUUGGCUCCAGACUCUACCUGUAGUGGGUCUACUGCUAGACUGGAGACUAGGGUGGCUUCUAGCUCAGCCCUCAUACAGCUGGACAGGCCUGCCAACUUGCCUGCAAAGAGUGAGGAGGAACAGGCUCGCCACCGGGCACAGUACCAACAGAUACUACAGGCUGCUAAGAAGAAAGAAAUAAAGGAGGCUAAAUUGAGGAAGAAACAAAUCCAGCUACAACUGAAAGUUGAGGAGCAGCUAGCUCAGGCCAUCCGCACCUGGACUGUAGAAAUACUGCCUUGGUGGGAUAAGAUACACAGCAGUAAAAAAGCUCAAGAUCUGUGGUGGCAAGGGGUGCCUCCAUGUGUGCGGGGAAAGGUGUGGAAACUAGCAAUUGGCAACCAUCUCAAUCUCACACACUCACUUUACAACAUUUACGUCCAGAGAGCCCAAGAUAGGCUGCGUGGAGGAGGACCGAGUAGUGAGAACGACAAGGAAGCUAGCAUGGAGCUUAUACAGCUAGACAUCAGUCGUACGUUUCCUCACCUUUGUAUCUUCCAGCGAGGCGGUCCAUACUAUGACAUGCUGCACUGCUUGUUGGCUGCUUAUGUUUGUUACAGGCCUGAUGUUGGCUAUGUGCAGGGAAUGUCGUUCAUCGCAGCGGUGCUGAUACUCAACAUGGAGGCUGCUGACGCAUUUGUAUGCUUUGCUAAUUUGUUGGACCAACCCUGCCACCGCGCAUUCUUCCAUCUCAGUCAACCACACAUGCAAGCCUACUAUUCAACUUAUGACCACCUAUUCAGAGAAAAUCUUCCCGAGCUGUACAGUCACUUCACCAACACCACGUUGACCCCUGACCUGUAUCUGCUAGAUUGGAUAUACACAGUGUUUACCAAGACCAUGAACCUGGACCUGGCCUGCAGGGUGUGGGACGUGUUCCUACGUGAUGGUGACGAGUUCCUUUUCAGGACAGCUCUUGGUGUACUGCACCUGUGUCAAGAUAUACUUCUGCAGUUGGAUUUUGUACGAGGAUCUCAGUUCCUCACUCGGCUACCAGAUGAUCUUCCUGGGGAUCAGCUGUUCAAGAGCAUCGCCUGCAUUAGGAUGAUAACGGGCAAACUGACAUUUCAGGACAUUCUUUCCCUCCAUUCUCCUGACUUUGACAGCCAAGGAACGUGUCUUUCUUAGGAUAAAGUUAAACCUAAUUUUUUAUUAGAUGAUAUUGACAUUAUUUUAGAAAAUACAUAUAUUUUUAUAAAAUUAGUUUUAAUAGUAUGAAAUUAAUGUUAUUAUCUGAGAGAUGUUAUUUUAUGAUGAAUUUCUAGUUUCAUGAUUGUUAUAUAACAAAUUUUUUGAGCUUUAUAAUUAUUACAUUAUUACUAUCUUUAAGAAGGUAUAUUUGGCACAGAUUAAUUAGGUAACCAAUUUGGUUCUUUGAAAGUUUUUAAAUGUUUUAUAUUAUAGCAUUGACGAUAGGUAGAGCCAAACAUUCCAUCCCUAUUAUACCAGUCAAUGAAUGAGAUGUAGAGUGCGUGAGCAGGUAACUAAGCGAUCCCUUCAGAAACUUGUUCAGGGGGCUUAGGGUGUUAACAUACCAAAAGUCCUGA